CGUCAGGCUGGACGCGAAUCAUACGGUACAUCUUGGCGAUGUCAGCGACGAUGGCAACAGCGUGGAGUCGAAAGCGUAGCGCAAUGUCCAGUAAAUCGUCCUGCACAACUGGUCCCACCAUGAGCGCAUCGUUCAGAGCAACUCCGGUAGACGUGCGACACGAAGCAUCAAACACCACGCGGAGCUUCGUAGUGGUGCUGUCUGGCCUCAAGACGCAGUGGUGUGGCAGGUCUGGAUUCGCUGACAGCCGCUUCUCCAGUCCCAGAAAGCGUUUGAUGGCUGUUGAUCUGGACUCACCGAGACGCUGGACAGCGUACUUUUUCUUGGGCAGCGUCACAACAAAUCUGCCAGUCUCGUCACGAACCGUCGUCUCCUCGAACAGCUGCUCGCACGUGGAUUCUUCGAUCGAGUGCGUGCUCUUGGUGCGGCACGUUUCCAGUUCCCAAAAUCUGGUCAGCAGCUCGUCGAUUGCUGCGACGGAUACGAGAGACGUCGAUUCUGGAACGCUGCCGGGAAGCCGGCCGGAAAUAAUCCAACCGAACACCGUGUUGUGCAGCGUGGGACCGUCUGCAGCUGGUUUCACCCGUUCGUCCGUCAGCAAGUCCUUGUAGAACUCGGCACCGAUAAUGACGUCCACUGGACCGGUUUUGUGGAACUCCGGAUCAGCCAGGAACAUCCAGUCGGGCAGCUGAAUUGUAGACGGGUCGAUGUACGACGUCGGCAACGAGAUGUUGAGCUUGGGCAGGACGUGGAACUGCAUCUCCGACUCGUACGCUGAAAUCUGAUCGGAACGCGGACCGACAUCUGCACACACGAGCUGAGUCGACACACAACGGGAAGUUCCGAUCCCCUGGAUCGGUAAAUACGACGAUUGUCGCUCAAAUUUGAGUCUUCGCGAGAACUCUCUGGUCAUCAGACAGUGCUGUGAGCACGAGUCAAGAAGCGCACGCGCUAGCAGCGUGUUUCCGAAGCGGUCUUUAAUACGGAUGAGCGCGGUUGACAGGAUGAUGUUGUGUGUGGGCGUGACGGGUAGUGCAACGUAGUUUUGGCUAGUGGUUUGUGGCUGUGUGGCUUGAGAGUCUGUAGUCUGUAGGUUAGUCUGAUUAGCAGGUGCAUUGUUGGCUGGAGUGUGUGUUGUCUGAUUUGUGUUCUGUGGUCUGGGUUGUUGUCGCUGUACUGAGGUCGUCGCGGUUGGUCUCGACUGCUGUUGUGGAACGGAGGAUCUCAUCUGAUCGUUGUGCAGCAUCGAGUGGUGUUUCUGGUGACAGUGAUGGCAAGUUCCUCCUUCGCACAUCCGCGGGUAAUGUCCAGGCUUCAGGCAGUUUCUGCACAGCUUGUUCCUCAAAACAGCGUCGCUGCGCUCCGAGAUCGUCAUCUUCUGGAACUUAAAGCACCGGAACGGGGUGUGCCACGGGCCGCUGCAAAAGUGACACUGGUUGCUGCUCCGCACAGCAGUGUGACAGACUACUGCUUUCGGAGGGCGCUGUUCUGACGGUUUCGCUUUCGCUCGUUUGAUCGAUUGAAGAACCGAACAGUGGCCGCGCAGGUACUCCAGUAGAGCCUUGUAGGUUGGGACUUCCUUGCUGUUGUGGUGGGUCUCCCAAUUCCUAAGCGUGGCCGAGUCCAGCUUUGAGCACAGGACGUGCGCCAUAACCGUACUCCAGUUGGCAGUAUUUUCACCCAUCUUGUCCAGCAUCUGCAGAUUUUUAUCAAACUCACCGAGCAGGUGGCUGAGACCGUCGUACGACUCCUUGGUCAGCGGUUCCAGAACCAGAAUGACAUCGAGGUGGGCUUUCACGAUCAGCUUCUUGUUUCCGUACUCCUCCUCCAGCGCGUUCCACGCGACGGAGUAGUUUUCUUCCGACAGGUCGAUGCCACUGAUCUCCAGCAAUGCAGGACCAGAAAGUGACGAUUGGAGAUAGGUGAACUUGUCCAUCGAUGUCAGCUUCGAGUUCCGGUGGAUGAGACUCUUGAAGGUGUCACGGAAGGUCACCCACUCGCGCAGAUUUCCGCUGAAGUUCGGCAGAUGAAUGUCAGGCAGCUUGACGCGCAAUGGAAACGAGGUAUCCGCAUCACCAACACUUGGAGCUGUCUGUUCGACGACCUUGACCGGCCGCUUCGCAAUCAGCAUCGCCUUGACCUUGCAGAAUUUGUUGUCGAACUCCUGUACCACCUGUAGAUUGGCCUCUUCACGAUGUGACACGACCUCCUGCUUGACCUUCGGCUCCGCAUCCGCGUACUUGGCCGCAUCCUUUUCUUCCAGCAGCAACUCCAGCUUCGUCCGUAGGUCCGUGAACUCCUGGUACACGUCGUUCAGCAUUCCGAGUCGAACUUCCAGCUGGCACUCGUGUUCUUCCGCCUUGUAGUGCUCGACGAACUGAUUCAGCACCUCCAGUUUGUUCAGCAGGAUCUCCUGCUUCUUCCGCAAAGUCUGCAGAUCGCCCAUCGUGACCACUGAUCGCCAACUGAAUAACAUCCACUUUCACUUUCAGAUUCACCGGAAACAGACAGAUCGACUCGACGUUCCACGACGCGACCGCGCAAGACAGAUUGCGAACUGUACGACCCAGUAUUGACAGCAGCGACAGGGGAAUCGACCAGGGAAUUCCAGAGGACCAGACAGAACAACACAACACUCAUGCAACCUGACCAGACUAAUAAAAACUCUCGUGCAAUU